CGGCGGGCCGGGGCCGGCACGGGGAUGUUGCCUCUGCGGAGCGGGGGCUACCUGCGCGCGGUGCUGGCCCGGGCCCGGGGCGCCAAGCUCUCAGCUGCGCCCCGCAGGGCCUCGGGCGGCUUACGUGGUGCGCGGGAUUCCCCCGCCGAAGCCGGCUGGCUGCGGGGCGAAGUGGACAGGUUCGGGGGCGUCUCGGUGCGGCUGGGCGCUCUGGACCGCCUGGACGCCGCCACCUUCCAGCGGGGCCUACAUGCUGCAAUACAGCAGUGGCGAUCGGAAGGCAGAGCCGCGGUCUGGCUGCACGUGCCCAUCCUGCAGAGCCGACUUAUUGCCCCGGCCGCCGCGCUGGGCUUCAGCUUUCACCACGCAGAAGCGGACUCAUCCACGCUGACCCUGUGGCUGGGACACGGGCCCAGCAGGCUCCCAGGGUAUGCGACACAUCAAGUGGGAGUUGCAGGAGCUGUAUUUGAUGAAAGUACUAGAAAAAUAUUGGUUGUCCAAGAUCGAAAUAAAUUGAAAAACAUGUGGAAGUUCCCAGGAGGCCUUUCGGAGCCUGGAGAAGAUAUCGGAGACACAGCAGUUCGAGAAGUUUUUGAAGAAACUGGUAUACGAUCAGAAUUCAGGUCCCUCCUGAGCAUUCGGCAGCAGCACAGCCACCCCGGGGCUUUCGGGAAGUCGGACAUGUACAUCAUCUGCCGCCUAAAGCCUCGUUCCUUCACCAUCGAGCUGUGCCCGCACGAGUGCCUGCGGUGCGAGUGGAUGGACCUCACCGACCUGGCCAAGGCCGCCAACACCACGCCCGUCACCAGCAGGGCCGCGCGGCUGCUGCUGUACGGGCACAGGGAAGGCUUCGAGAAGAUUGACCUGACCAUGGACCAGCUCCCAGCUGUUUACACGGGCUUGUUCUACAAACUCUAUCACAGGCAACUGCCAGACAGUUACAAAAUGAUGACGGGAGUGGAUUAAAUCGUAUUUACACGUGUAGAAAUCUUUAGUAAAUUGUACAUGUAGAUCAGUGUGUGCCAUAUUCUAAGAAUGGUGCACAUUUUGGGUUCACUAAAUCUGACUUUAAUUUUCUAAUGUGUAUGGUUUCCGUGAAGAAAUUUGCAAGUGCACACAUUUUUAAAGCCUCUUUUCGAAUGGAGUGGAUGUAUGGAAAGAUUGUAGCUCUAAGUAAGCGUCACUGGGUAAAGGCAAAUGCUAUAUAAAAGGUGGAAAUUUAUACAUUU